AUGGAUUCUUCUUCACAUUCUCACACUGUCACCCCUUUCCAAGUCAACAUUAGUCCAUCCCAAAAAAAUCAUCAAACAAUAACCGAGUUUGAUUUCUUUAAGAAUUACAACAACAAUGAUCAUGAUAAUAACGUUGUUGUCUCUCCAUCUGCCUUUACUGCUGAUGUCCCUGUCCUUGACAUUGAUCAUACCAACAUUAUCACUGAUCUCCAUCUCGGUCUCAAUGUUGUUGCUAUCAAUGAUGCUAGUGAACAAGGGGAUGAUGACAUGUCAUCUAAAUCCAAUGACGAAAACACUAAGAAUGAGAUGGCUGUUCUUCGAGGCAAGCUUGCACGAAUGGAAAAGGAGAAUCAUCGAUUGAGUUUGAUGCUUGAUGAGCUUCAAACCGAUUAUGAUACUCUCCUGAUGCAUUUUGAGAAAAUGACGCAGGACAAGAAGGCCGAGGAAGAUGGAGAACGAGAAGGGUUUGUUGGAAAAUUUGAGAAGAAAAGGAAAAUUGAGAAUGGUGGAGCAUUGGUUCCAAGAGAUUCUUUGGAGCUUGGAUUGGCUAUUAAACCUAAGCCCGAGAUGGAUCCUGAACCCUCUUCUUCAAGAACAUUAACUUCUGGUCGACUUGGAUCCCCACCGGAGAACAACUUCGAAGUUGCCUCCAAGGAGUUAGUGCUAAGCAAGAAUGAGAAUGUCAGUGACGAAGGAAAAAAGGAGCUUGGUAAAGGGAAUGAAAGAGAGGAUAGUCCCAUUGCUCAUGCUGAGAGACUUCCAAGGUUGAGUCCUCCAAACUAUGCUCCAAAUUUUGUUAAUGUCGAUCGAAUUGAUGUUGAUGCUACCUUGAGGAGAGCAAGGGUUUCUGUUAGAACAAGAACAGAUGGAAACGUGGUUUCUGAUGGAUGCCAAUGGAGAAAGUAUGGACAGAAAAUGGCAAAAGGAAACCCGAGUCCUCGUUCUUAUUAUAGAUGCACCAUGGGUAGUGGUUGCCCCGUUAGAAAACAGGUACAAAAGAGUGUUGAAGACAAAUCAGUGGUAAUCACAACCUAUGAAGGAUAUCAUAACCAUACUUUACCACCAGCAGCCAUGGAAAUGGCACAAACAACUGCAGCAGCUGCAAGAAUGCUUCUUUCAGGAUCAACCUCAAGCAACAACAGAACAGCGAAUGCGAGUUUCCUCCGAAGAGGAACCAUUCCCGGUUCUUCGAGUCUUGCGACUAUCUCAUCUUCUGCUCCGUUUCCCACCAUAACGCUCGACUUCACUCAACCUCCAAAUCCGCUACAGCUCCAAAUGCUUCAAAAUCAGUUACAAGUUCCGUUGCCUCAUAUGUUUAACCAGGUACCUUAUAACCAAUCAACAUUUUCUGGCCUACAAUUGUCACAACAAAAUGUUGCUGACACUGUUUCUGCUGCCAUUGCUGCUGAUCGGAAUUUCACUGCAGCUUUAGCAGCUGCUCUUACUUCCUUCGUUGGUGCUGCUCAGCCGAACAACAACAACAACGCUACAAAUAAUGACGGCGCAGCAAGCAACAACAAUGGAAAUAUCACAAGUAGCAGCAAUAAUAAUAAAGGGAAGGAAUAA